GUCUGGCAACCAAAAAUUCUUUUUCUGAUAGAAGACUAACGUUGACAUUGAGAUUCUUUUUAAUAUAAAUUUGUGAAACUGUUUAUGCGUGUUUAGAUAAUGUUUUUAUUUGUAAAUUAAUUUAAAUAAUUUUGUAUUGUUAAAAUGGCUUUAAAAGCAGAGCCAGGUGGACGAGGAAAUUUCCGUAACCACACUAAAAACCAGGCCGAAGAAGAUGCUUUCGACUAUGUGAAAUUUAGGAAUAUUCCCAAGCCGACAGGUGUCAUUGGAUCCAUAGCCCACAUGGUGAAAGGUGCUUUGGGAGGAGGAAUCUUAGGUGGUCACGUUGCUUACAUGAAGGCUGGUGUUGCCAUAGCUGCACCUUUUAAUAUCCUCUUUGGCAUUUACAUGGGUUACUGCUUAUACAUCUUAGUGAUGUCAGCCCAAAAGCUGUAUCGAAGAACUCGUGUGCCAAGUAUGUCCUACCCCGACGUAGGAGAAGCGGCCAUGGCUUGCUUUCCAAACCCUAAAGUUGCAAGAUUUUCCAGGUUUUUCAGAUACUCCAUUGACGCUAUCAUUUGUAUAGAUUUAUUCGGUGCUUGUGCCUGCUAUCAAAUUAUUAUAGCGAAAUCUCUUAAACAGCUGGUUGAGAACACCCAAAGAACGUCUAUAGAGGGGAUUAAUGAAGGGUAUCCCAGUCUAAGAGUCUACCUGGCAUGCAUGAUAAUACCGGUAAUAUUAAUAUGUUUGAUAACUCACUUGAAGUGGUUGGCACCAUUUUCUAUAGGCGCUAACCUUGUUGUAUUGUUCAUCAUAUUCGUUGCUAUCUACUACGCUUUCGUAUACAAUCCUUCAUUUGAAGGCUUGGUUCCGAUAACAAUACUGUACCAGUACUUUGAAUUCGUCGGUAUGCAGGUGUUCAGUAUGUCAUGUGCAGGUGUCGUUAUACCGAUUGAGAAUAACAUGGAGAACCCGAAAAAAUACCCCCUGGUUCUAGUUACUGGAAUGUUUCUUAUUAUUUGCUGUACGUUUAAUGUAUCCUUCUUUGGAUAUUCUGCGUUCUUGGAAAAUUGUGAAUCGCCUAUAACCGUGAAUUUCCCUAUGACAAUUGGGCCGAAGAUCUUAAAGUUCCUGAUUGUCAUCAUGAUUUACAUUACACACGCGUUGAACUUCUGGCCACCUUUCAACUUGUGCUUCUACUAUUUGAAACAGCGACAUCCCGAAGACCAGUUGCUGAAAUGGGAACUCAUAUAUAGGGCGUGUUUCGUGAUGCUAAUCGGUGUUAUUGCCGUUUGUUUCCCUAAUAUUAACGCCUUGAUGGGAUUCCUCGGAACAUUUUGUUUGUCCAACAUGGCUUUCAUUUGGCCCAACAUGAUUUAUUUGCUGACAACUUGGGAACGGCCUGGAUUGGGCAAAUAUAAUUGGAGAUUGUGGAAAUGUAUUGUGCUAAUUUCAAUUGGAUGUUUCUUCCUCGUGUGUGGUUCCGUUGUUAAUAUCAAUGAGUUGAUGUCUGUGUUUAGAUAAGUCCAAAUAGCUGUGGGCUUAAGAGGCCCGUAUUCUACACUCGGCUCAAAUCCAAAUCUUUUUGAGAUCAGUCAAUCCAUUUUAGCUCAUACUCUUAAAAUCGAACCUAGGAAUACUAACCGUUUUCUUCAAUGGAUGAUUUUAUAGAAAGAAAAAAAAACAAAUAUUUAAUGUAGAUG